CUUUUCUCACAGUCACGGUCUGCCUCUCUCUCGCAAAAAACAUAAAAACCUAGCCAAAUUACCAACCAACCAUGGCAGAACGAGGUGGGGAACGUGGUUUUGGCCGUGGGUUCGGCCGUGGCCGAGGAGAUCGUGGCGGUCCUCGUGGUCGCCGCCGCGCUGGCCGUAGAGAGGAGGAAGAGAAAUGGGUUCCAGUUACAAAGCUUGGUCGUUUAGUCAAAGAGAACAAGAUCAGAAGCUUGGAGCAAAUCUAUCUCCACUCAUUGCCGAUCAAGGAGUACCAAAUUAUCGACCAACUCGUCGGCCCAUCACUGAAGGAUGAGGUCAUGAAAAUCAUGCCUGUUCAGAAGCAGACACGUGCCGGUCAGAGAACCAGGUUCAAGGCUUUUGUGGUUGUCGGUGACGGUAACGGUCACGUUGGCCUUGGUGUUAAGUGUUCAAAGGAAGUGGCUACUGCUAUUCGCGGAGCCAUUAUAUUGGCCAAGCUGUCGGUUAUCCCGGUGAGAAGAGGUUACUGGGGUAACAAGAUCGGUAAGCCACACACGGUGCCCUGCAAGGUUACCGGGAAGUGUGGUAGUGUUACCGUGAGAAUGGUGCCGGCUCCCCGUGGAGCUGGAAUCGUGGCUGCUAGGGUUCCAAAGAAGGUUCUUCAGUUCGCCGGAAUUGAGGAUGUUUUCACUUCCUCUCGAGGAUCUACCAAGACUCUCGGCAACUUUGUGAAGGCAACUUUUGAGUGUUUGCUGAAGACAUACGGAUUUUUGACUCCGGACUUUUGGAGAGAGACCCGCUUCCUGAAAUCUCCAUUCCAGGAGUACACAGAUCUCUUGGCAAAGCCUACUGGAAAGCUACUCAUUGCAGAGGAUCAUGGGGUUGAUGCUUAAGCUGUUUUCUUGUUUUUGGUCCUAACUGUUUUUUACCUUUAUAUUUGGAUGGGAUAGUCGUCUGUUUUAAAAUUUUGACAUUUUGGACAUUAAAUUAUUAAGUUUCGUCAAUUAUAUGUUUGGAUCAUUUGCAAAUGAAGUUAUUGUAUUUCUGGUA